UAUAAACUUUUUUACUUUUAUUAUUUCAGUGGGGAGGGGAUGGGGUCAUGUCAGUCAGAAAACAUUUUGAAAUGGUUUGAAACUGUGUGUAAAGUGUGUUGGAAGUUGCUAAGUGGUCAAAUUCUGAAAUACUGGAUGAAUAUGGUCUGGGCUAUUUGCAUGUCGUGAGACACUUUAAUACUUAACUUAUCAUCUUAAACUUUUAAAGCAAGAAUAUACCUCUUAAUGAGUAGAUUGUGAUGAUAUUUAAAAUUUUUGAAUUCGGACAAUAAUUAUUUGAAAUACUGAAAAUCAAAUUUUUGAUGCCCCUGGAAGCCGUUAUAUAAGCAGCCUGCAACUGGGGCCAGGUGAUCAUUUUAGCUGUUUAGUAAUAUACGAGGCAGUACCCAAAAGAAACUGAAAUAAUUUUUUGGUGGGCAUAGCUUUUGUAUUACCAAGUCUUAGCACUAGGAACGCAUAGAGCAAACCUUCCAGUCAGUCAGCCAAGUUCCAUUGCUGAAGAAACGGAGGACUAGUUUUGGCACAGUUUGUAGUGACAACUGUUUUUUGUGAUUGUUGGUUUACAAUGGCUGAUUUUCAUAAACAGCAUGCAGUGAUGAAAUUUCACUUUUCACUCAGAAAAAGUGGAACAAAAGCUCUUGAAAUGUAAAAGAAAGCAUACAAACAUAAUGUUCUGGGAAAAACUCAAGUGUUUGAGUAGUUUUACUGUUUAAAAAAUGGUGAAAUGUCUGUUGAUGACAAACAGCGUUCUGGUUUUGCUUCCAUGACCUGAACAUAUGAAGAUGUUGAAAACAUUCAUGCAAUUAUCAACGAAAAUCAAUGAAGGGCCAUUGAAGACAUUGUGGAGCUGUUAGGAGUGACUUGGAAUUCAGUGCAGGGAAUUGCAACAGAAGAUUUGGUAAUGUGAAGGGGAGCUGCCAUACUCUUACCACAACUUCCAACUGCUGAACGAAAGCAAGCUCACAAGGAAGCAUGCUGUGCUGUGAAAGAAGAAUCCCAAAAUAAUCCAAACUUAAAAAAAAAAAAAAAAAAAAAAAAAUUAUCACAGAUGGCCAAAUUUUGUACUAUUCUUAUGAUCCUGAAUCAAAGCAACAAUCGGGAACUGAAGAUGUGUGCUUAAGAUAUGAAUAAACUAAUUUAAAAAGUUCGUUUUCUUUUGGGUACACCAUUAUGCUAUCCAAAACAUCCAGCAUUCCCUUACAAAAUGAGGAAGUGUGCUAGAAGAGGAAUAUGGAGACCAUUCGUGUCUCGUAAUUGGAUAUUUCAAUGACAUGGCGCAAAAUUAGCAUUGCAGCAUUAUUUUUGUACUCAAAAAUAUCUGACUACAUUCACUUCUUUGUGAUUUUCACAGUCUCAGGAAGAAUUUUCCGUAAUCAUGUAUAGGGACUAGAAAAAUUCUCAUUUUGGGAUAAAUGCAAAUUAGAUGCGAAUUUUGUCUCGAAUUGCCAAAUAACAUAAUAGACACUAUUUCAUAGCGAAUUGUGUCCAGAUGAAGUAUUUUAUCAGAGAUAGUCUGAAAUACCUUUUAUUUUCUGCAUAUAAAUAUCGAAAAUGUAACCAAUUAUCAGUUACUGGUAUUGUACAUCUGGUGAAGCUCAAUUUGGAAAGAUAGUGUGUGUAAGAACUUGUUUGCAAAAUAAAAAACAUAUUGUAUGCAAUGAUGUAUCAAUGUGCUCAAUGACCUGGCACCAUGCCAUUAGUGGCGGUUGGAUCAUCUACUUAAGAUACAUGCUGUGUAAUGCAAUGUUGUUCUCAGUUGUGAGACCUAGAAUGUUAGAGCAAAGAAAUGCCUAAAGCUCAAAUGGUUAUAUAAUGUGGACACACACAACAUGACAGAUUAGGUGGCAGACGUUUUGAAAGGUGGUUGCUUCAAGUACCGCUAGCGGUCGAGCCUGAACCAUGCCAUUAAAAAAUUCUCACCUAAACAACCAAUUGAAUGGUAGCCGACCCCGAUUACUUUCUGUUGUGCAUUUCUUAUUGUUUUUGUAUUUUGAAGUAUGUGAAGCAACAAAUCCUGGUCCAUCACGGAUUUCAAUUACGACAAACACCAGAAGAAAUCGGCGAUCCCUGUAACAAUGUGUCAGUUCUUGCAGGCUGCUCCUCUCCCCUCUGGCAGUCAAAAUUCUAAUUUGUUUGCACUUCCGGCCAUCUGCCACUAUAGCCAACAGUGCCUGCACUCUGCGCUAUAUCGAUUAGAAAAUAAAAUCUGUAACAUUUUUUGACUGCGCCGAAGUUUCUCUCCUAUGUUAAAAUAGAGUUACCAUAUGUUUAGUUCUAUUUGCAAGCUAAGACCGUUUUCACACUGGGACACGGUGACAGUUGCCGGUGAUGGUCACUGGUGAAUGUGGUGAACACGGCUGGAUCACUGGAGUCAGACACCACAGGUAUUGCCAACUGAUUAGUUAGUGAAAUGGGCCAGUACAGGGGUAGCAACUAAAUUUAACUAGCCUUUCAUGGUCUGAAAAACAAAUCGUUAAAUUUGAAAAAAAAGAACAUACAACCUACCAAUUUUGUUUUUCUCAUCCAUGCUCUUCUCUUUGAAAUCAGGCACAAGCUUCGUUAUAAUUUCUUGCCACACAUUUGUUUUCAUCACUUUGUUGCUAUAGUUAUCACUUCUCACAUCCCAAAUAGCAGGACGACUUACAAAAUCUUCUGUGAUAAUCAAAUCUCAACUCAUGGCUACAAUGCCUCCAGUGUAAUGUACAAUGUAAUGUUUUGUGUCACUGUCUCAGAAAUGACUGCCUGUUAGUUGGCAAAUCUGCAGCACUGUGUCUGUGAUUUGUGUUACAGUGUGAACACUGCAAUUGAAACCAAUGCAUGUCCGGUAGUGACUGCUGCAAACACAGUGACCUUGUCCAUCACACAUGGUGAGGGUGAGUUGCUGCUGGGUCACAGUGGCUCAGUGAGGCAGUGUAGUGUCCCGGUGUGAAUACUCCAGUUCAGACGAAUGUAUCUCUGUCGGUGACAGUCACUGGUGACCGUCACCAGUGUUCCAGUGUGGAAAGGGUCUAAGUCAGUUCUAUCUAUGGCGCUGUCAACAUGGAUUGCACAGCUCUGAAUGCCCAUAAAAGAUUGAAGUUGAUAGUCUGCUGGUUUUGUAUUCAUUUAAUUGGGCGGGAAAAGGCAUAUAAUGUCCAGAAACACGGUAAGUCGAAGAUGCAUUCAAUUCACUGGUGGGAAAAUGUUGCUGCUUUUCAACAAAGCAGUCAUUUUUGAAACAUUAAAUGCAUCCAAAUGAAGAAAAGACCAUUUUGUAAGAAAAAGGUGUUCAAGUUUUUGCAAAAGCAAACAUUUCAGCCUAAAAGUUUCCAAUCAGCACUUUAUUUCAGCAGUCAGUUUCAAAGAACUAAGGCUUUGUUUGUCUUCACUCAUGUGGCAUUACAACCUUUUAAUUUGUGCAUCUAAUCAAUAAAAAACUUAGAUUUUGACAAAAAUGAUGCAAAAUUUGAAAAAAAAAAAUAGGAUGCGAAUUCUACAAAAAAUAGAUGCUACAUUUCCCGGUCCCUAUUUCAUGUAUAUAUGGGCAGGUUUACCAGACUCCUAUAAAGCAGCAAUGUAGAUUCAAGUCUGUGGAGAAAUCAGAAUAACUAAGUAACUGAAGGCAAUAUCGUGGCCCCGUGACAGUGGAAUGUUGACUUGAGCAACCAACAAUUCAAAAACAAUACAAGAUUGCAUUCUGGAAUAGAAGAUUUUCGUGUAUGUGAAUAUGUCAUCAUUUGCUGCCCAUGCUGAAAGUUUUGAGGAGGUGGAAAUGAGAGAGUCAGUGCUUAACGUGGUGGCAUAUUGUAAUGUGAAACACCUGAAGCCUGACUCUGGAAAAAUGUGAUUUUGUGUGUUCUACAUGAGUGGAAGUCCAGAGGAGCUUGAAUAUAAACUGGAGAGAACAGCUACUGUUUUGCUGUGACACUGCAGAGUGCACAGAAAUAAAACAUGACAACAGCCACACCUUCAUAACUCACUACACGGACAAACUUUUGAAUUGUGUGCAGGGAAAGAUAUCAUCUACAAGCUCAAUAGUAGAGUAUGGGGUGUGCACUCUGGCACUCUCCAUAUGUCAAGCCUUUCUCUGUGUUUCACCAUAGCAGAAUACGCAGCAUUUAACAGUACAAUUUCUGUUCAUGCCACAUAGGUUAUCACUGCUCUGAAUGAUGCAGUACACUUUGUAACAGAAUCAUUGCGAAUCAUGAGGAGAGAAAAAUCACAUUUAGCGAAGGCAUUGAAAUGGGAGUUCAUGGCCUACGAACAUUUGUGGAAAGGCACUGUCCUGAUGUCUGCCGCUGGGUAGACAUGUCAACUUUAGCUUUACUUUACAGAAUUAAGAAUCGCAUAAAACCAGUGAUUGUUGUUGAUGGACCAUCAUGCCUUAAAACAAUAUAUGGUCAGCUAAACUGGACAUGUGGUGGACAGUACAAAGAGUUUAAGGAGGAGUGCAUUACAUUUGUGAAGUUAUUUGAAGACCAUGAUAUAAAAUUAGUUUUCUUCUUUGAUGGUCCAGCACUAACUGGAAAAAGAGAAACUUUGACUGAACGAAGAAGACAAGAUAUGGAGGCAGAUAGAAGGUUCUUUCACUGGUUGGAUAAUAAUCAUGCACAGCUUGAUCAGCAUCGCAACUGGAUGAAGAAGCCUAUAGGCCUUCAUUAUUAUGCCAGAUAUAUUUUCCAACACUUUUGUGGCUGUGAGGUUUAUGCAUCCGUUAAUGAAUGUGAUGAGGAAAUUGUCAACUAUGUCCGCAGACAUUCUUGUCUUGGCAUUCUUGCACGAGACACUGACUUCAUGAUACAUACUGGAAUACACUACUAUUUUGCAGUGGACAUGAUCAAAUUUCCUACACUUUUUACAAUACGUUAUGAUAGCGAGAAACUAGCACACAGCUUAAGACUGUCUGAGGCGCAUCUCCCACUUCUUGCUUCACUUAUGGGAAAUGACAUAGUCCCAUUAAGAAAACUAAGGCACUAUCAUGAAAGCAUUAGCAGACGAGGGAUGUACUGGUACAAGAACAUCGCACUCAACAUUGCCGAUGAUAUAAGGAAUAUUCCAAUGGGAGACACCAUUUACAUUUUGCUCCGACUGAUAUGUUUUGAACUUUUACAUGAUCCAAAUAUGAGUGAUGUUUUGGCUGAAAGUAUUUGGAGCUACCUGCCACACCCAGACAUACCAAUUACAGGUAACACUGGCAGUGACUGGGAACGAAUACUUUUGACAGCUGCUGAGAAACACAGAAAAAAUGAAAUACCAGGGAUAAUUCUCCGUGUGCUCAAAGAAGUUCCACAUGACUGUGGUGCUAGGAUGGAAGAUUUUACAGACACUGUUUUCCCACCAGCAUCAAUUGUUCUGGAGAAAACAAGAGAGAGACUUAAUACUGUGUUGCUGCUUGAGUGUCCUCAAACUCAGACUUCACAUGAGGUGUCUGUCAAUGGCAAAGACAAUAGGAAUGGCAAACAUCCUGUUACAGUUCAGAGAUUUCAUCCAUUCUAUAAAGGAUAUCGUCUGGAGGCCUGGAGGCAGUCCUUCGGCUGUCAGAGAAGGACCAGAGAAUUACCCUACAGCUCAGAGCUGUUUAGAGAUCCGUUUACCUCGCGAGGGACAUCCCAUUCUGCGGACAACGCUCGGACGCGGCCAAGAAUGGUCCGGAAACAAGUGAGACAUCCUGGACUCAAUGUACUUUGGGACUCAAAGGCCAAAGAUGAUGAUACCGUGAAGGAUAGAUGGGGUCUAAUUGCUUGGACAUUGUCUAAUUAUAUGCAACCUGAAAAACUAAAGAUUAUGCCAAAUCAUCUCAUUAUUCCAGCUGCAACACUGUUUUACCUCCUCCAUGAAGUUGACGAGGUAUUCAUCAUGGAAACUGAAGUAGAUUUGUUCAUUAUUGUGGCUAUAACUAUUAAUGAACAUGACUCUGAAUACCUAAAAGCCAUACCUGUCUCAAAGCCUAAUGCUCGAGGGUAUCGUUUGACAAAUAUUUAUCUUAAAACUGCAAUGCAUGUUUUCAAUACCAUUGGAGCAUGUGGCUUUCCAGUACCACCUCAAGAGUGUUUGCCAGAUACCUAUUUCGAUGGAAAAUAUUUUCAAGAUUUGUGGAAGAAGAUGUCCUUCGGGUUUGAUAUAAAAUCACUCAUCAAUAACCGGGAUGAUUACAAAGCACAGUACUUGCAAGUCAAAGAGUUUCUCACAAAGCAAAACACAAGUCUUGAAAUGUCUACUUUCUGAAAAAAGAAAUGUGUAUAUUACUGUAAUUGCGAGAAAAAUAAGGAAGAUGUUCUUGAAUACAAAUAAGAAGUGAAACAUGCAGUGGAUCUUAGCAUAUGUAUUGGACUGUUAUAUGUGGCAUAAAUGCUCUAUGGGGCAGCACUACCGUUUAGUUGAACUGUACAAACACUAUUUGUGUUGACUACAGAAUUUUCAUGAUUUUUCACCUGAUCUAAGUGUUUAAGGACCAGACUUCAAAUUCAGUAUUUGGAGGUUCAGACGUCAGCAAAUCCUUUUUCUGACACUUAUCACAUUUCAGGCAAUGCAUUUUUAUAUGUGAAAAAUAUUAAUGUCCACCUCACAUUCUCCUUCUACCAGAUAAUAUUAUUUUACCUGACAUCUGUUACAUGUAGUGAAAUCCAUUGUCAAUGACUAAUUUCUUCAAACAGCCUUUUUACACUUUCUUCAAAAAUAUGUGCAUGUAUCUGAUGUAGAAUAUAUUUUCAUUGUGUUUCAUCAUGUUUCAUAUUUGCUCCAAAACUGUGAGUGAAAAUACGUAUAUCAUAUCAUUUCUCAGGAAGAAACUGUUUUCAGCAGUACAAUUUCAGUCAUGUGUUUUCAAAAUCUAGAAUGGGCCAGUUUGUAUUUACCCUACAUGUUAUCAACUUUUGAAAUAUAAUCUGAUAUUAAUAUUUGACCUGUUGUGUUACAUAGAAUAUUGUUUGGAUUAUGUAUCAUGCUUUAGACAUAGGUAGACCAAUAGACUUCAGGCCCAUAAUGGAAUAUGGUAUCUUUAAAAUAUGAAACUUGUUAACAUUUGUGUUAUGUUAACUAUUAUUAAACUGCAACAAUGUACCUUAUUUUGAACAACUCAGUACCUUAUAAUGAUCUAACUAAUUGUGUUAGAAGGCUUAAUUUUUUUCUCGCCCUUGCAUCAGUACUAGCCAUGUAGCAACACUUUCUGUGUUAAAUAAAAUCUUACAACACACUUAAAAUUUUAAAAAUAAUGGUACUCUGACAUCUUAUUGGAGAAAAAAACUUUUUACAAAUUGCAGAUAUUAUAAUUUUAUGGUUAUUUUAAGACUUCCUACCUCUCAAAACUGUAAAAACAUUGCUUUCUGCAACAAAUCAUAAACGCCCAGAUCGCAUAAUAAUUGAAGGGUCAUUCCAUCUCACACUGCCAAAAUUCAGAACAUCUUCCUGCUUAACCAUCAAAGAUUUGGAUGAAAUUUGAUGCAGAUAUUCAUAUAAGUCUCUGAUGAGCAUUUAACAGUAAUCAAAGCAAUACUGGCUAAGAUAUAGUCACAUGUUUCACUCCAUGCAUGACUUUGAGCAGGGUGACCAUGAAUUUCUGUUUAAUUUUAAUUUGGCCAAGUUGUACAACUGUAAACGUUAACAAUGAAAAGAAUUUUACAAGCCAUAUUCAGCCAGAAAAUUGUAGACAAAAUAUUCCAAAAACAUUGGCACUUCCAGAAAUUUCAAAUGUGUAUCGUAAAAUUAUUUUCAUUAUUAUUCUAAAAUGAGCACUUACAGUUGUACAAGCUGGUUGAAUUCAUUUCAUCCAACAAAUUAUUGCCUGAGAUAUAACAGCUCAAAGUCAAUAGAACUUCACACUCGCUCUGCUCAAAGUUGCGCAUGGAGUUAAGUAAGUGACUAUGUCCUGUCCAGUAUUGCUUUGAUGAAUGUUAAACUUUACCAAUGUAUAUCAGGGAUAUGUAAGAAUGUUCACAUUUUUUUUUCCAAAAUCAGUGAUGGUUAAGCAGGAAGACCUAAGUUAGUUGACAUGGAAUGUCCCCAGAUGAAACUACAUCAUUCCAGAGACAUUUCAAGUCUUAAACAUCUAAUAUGGCCAUUGCUUCAGUCUGCAUAUAUGCAUAGUAGAUUUUUAGGACUUGAAAAGUUCUCUGGAACCGUGCAGUUUCAUUUGAUUGAAGCACCUAUGUCUGAGUUUAGGCAGGAUCCUCUGUUUUAUUCAAUGCUGAAGAUGGAGAGCCUCUACAAUGGUGCUUGACUGUGGGAAGAGUACCAGCAGGGCUGAAGUAUGAGUAGGACUUUGGGUUGAGGGGGGAGGUAGUCUGUGCAGUUGUGCAAAGCCACUGUGCCAGGGUGACAUAGUGAUUUGCACAUCUGCCUAGAGAACAGAAGACCCUAGUCAAAUGUGCACAAGUAAGUGGAUGGCCAUUAACUGACAAGGGCUCCCUGCCAAAGGCAGUAGUCAGUUAAUAUGAUUUUUAUGUGACCUGGGCUAAAAGUAAUGACUACAAGCAUUAGUGCAGAACAUAGGUACAGUAGAUAAAACCUUUUACAUGGUCACUUAAACAGUUAUUCUUCAUGGCUUAGUAAGUGUCAUUAUUCACCAUUUUCUAUUGUGUGUGGUAAAAGAAAUGGCAAAUUUUGGUGUUUUAUAAAUGUCAGUCCAUGACUAAUCUUACCAAUUACAGUAUUAUGUCUAGGAUCUGAAUAACAGAUCCUUGAAAAGCUUUAACUUGUAUUAUAUCAUAUCAUAUUCAUGGGCAGAUUAUGGUUGUAUAUUUAAAACAAUUAAUUGCAAUGCAAAUUUAUGUGCCAAUUGGAAACAAGUAAUUAAGACAGCCAUGCAUGACAUUGUUGCAUCAAAUAUCUGUACCUUAAUGUUUAUUAAAAUACAUUAUAUACCUUGUAUGUAUGUAGUAAUUGAUGUUUUGAUGUUGUAUUGUGCCAGCACAUGUAGUAUGACUAACUCAAGUAAAUGUUAGUGUCUUGAUGUUAUUUUAUGGAUAUAUUUAUUUCUUACAUGUAGGUGUAGAUAUAAAUGUAGACUGCUGAAUAUUAUUUAAAUUCACUCUCAGUCAAGCCUGCAGCACUGUUGGUCACUCUAUACUUUAAUGUUCAGAUUAUGUUGGUAAAGGUAACAGCGAUUUACCAUGGGACCACUUUACAUUUAUAUAUGAGCCUACUAAUAGAAAUGAUGAGAUCACAGUUAUAAUACUGUAGUAAAGUAAUUGUUUUGAAGUUAUCAGUAAACUACAUGGGUCCUGUAUGAACAAGUUUAUAAUCUGAAAACCAACUCAUAAAUUUAUAGCAAGGACCAGUUAAAGACCAAGGCAACACACAUAGUAAAGUGGUACAUGAACCUACACCAAAAUGACAGAAGGAAAUAAUUGUUACAUUAGUUAUCUGCUCCAGUUAUUUGAUAUAUGUCCCACUGUUCAGUUGGUGUACAGAUCUGCACUACCUGCUCUACGCAUUCAACACCAGACUGCAUUCCUGCUCCAUGUUAGUUAGCUCUUAACAUUUAUAUGGUAUGAUUUAUUAAAAAAUAAGUUGUUUCUUAAUAGGAAUGAACACUGAAAGUCAUGUCUGGUGUAUAAAAUUAGUUGGUGUUUGCAUCUCUGUUACUUUUAUGAUAUUAGUUGUGAUAACAAGAAGAAAUUGUGCACCCAUUGUUUGAUCCUUACUGGGUGGAAUGUCUGUUUUAUCUUUGACUUUAUCUGCAAAGUGUGCAUUUUAUAUGAAUAUAUAACAUUUGAAUAUUUCUAGUAAUAUAACACGCAGGGCAAAAAUUUGUCCGUAGCAACAUUUUGAUAUUUAUUGAGUCUUUUCAACUUAAAAUCAGAAAAAAAUGCUUCCUACAAUUUACUGCUUUUAUGUUGCUAUGCUUCAUGUGUGUGAAAUGGAAUUUCAAUGACACACAGUAGUUAUUAAUGCUCUGUUGUUGUUAUGUAGUCUUACAAUUUUAGUUUUACAGGGUAUGUCAUUUUGUGAAAAUGAGUUGUGUCAACACAGUUAUUCUGUACCUACAAAUGAGGGCAGCAGCAUGAUAUAAGGAUUUAGGAUAGUAACUCUGGAAGCCCUGUGGAUCUUACUUUUACAUUCCCACUUAUAUACUCCUACUUCUGUGUACCUGAGUGUGAGGAACAAAUUUUCAUGUAACAUCUGAGUCUAUAAAUUCUGUCCUGCAGAGGUGAUCUAACUUGUCAGACUGUUUAAUGUAUUUUGCAUUUACAGUUUACUAUAAAAAUAUUUUGUGUAUGGUUAGUCUAGUAUAACAGAAAGAAACUUACUGUAAACAUAUUUUGUGUAUGCCUAAUGUAGUAUAACAGAAACAAACAUACUGUAAACAUAUUUUGUGUAUGUAUAGUCUAGUAUAACAGAAAGAAACUCAUUGUCAUUUGCUUCAGCAAUGUUGAUUGGUGUUCUGUGUAGGUGCACUCUAUAAUUAAUGUGUACAUUGCUUUAAUGAUUUUCUAAAAUGUAUUUUACAUUUUUAUGUUCAUCCUGUAGUUUAGAUCAACAGUUAAAAGAUAACUUUUGUGUUAGAAAAUGUAGCUCAGUGUUUUCUGUUUUGUUAACAUGUGAGAACAAUUGACAGCAGCUAUGAAUUCAAAAAUAUGGAAAGCUGUAAUGAAUGUCAUAUAUUUAAUAAAAGUGAGUGGAUGUUUAAAUAUCAUAUUGGAACUAUACUGAUGAUCCAAAACAUUAUCUUUGUGUAUGUAUAGUCUAGUAUAGCAGAAAGAAACUCAUUGUCAUUUGCUUCAGCAAUGUUGAUUGGUGUUCUGUGUUGGUGUGCUCUAUGGCUAAUGUUUCCAAUACUUUAAUGAUUUCCAAAAUGUAUUUUAAAUUGUCUUUGUUCAUCCUCUAGUGUAGAUCAACAAUGAAAGGAUAAAUAAAUUUAGUUUUAGAAAAUGUAACUCAGUGUUUUGUGUAAUUGUAACAUGUGAGAACAAUUUCCAGCUUCUAUGAAUUCAAAAAAGGGAAAGUUGUAAUUAAUGUCAUAUAAUUAAUAAAAUCAGUGGAUGUU